AUGGCUCACAUUCCUGCCACCGUCACCACCUUCCACUCCAAGGAGGCCAAGACUCAGACCAUCAAGAAGUUCAGGGUCUUCGUCUCGGGCUUCAGGAAGCAACGCUACGAUGCCGUCCCGACGACAGAAGAGGAGCCUGCCGAGAAGUACGUCCACGUGCCCACCGAGGCAGCGGCAUGCUUUCUCAAGACCGCCACUCCCCUCCACAUGAAGAGGGCCAACGAAGUCCUAUGA